UGCAGAAAAUCCUCGUAAACGAUUAAAUGGUUUUUGAGGAAGUCCAAAUGUAUUCAUUAAACUUAAGCAUGAUGUCAUUAUUUGUUCAAUCGAUUUCAAUAGUCAACUAAUGUUUAAUAGAUGACAUUUGUAAAUCAAACAUGGCUUCUGGAGGGAAUGGAUCCGUUAAUUUAGGAGAUAGCGGUUAUAUAAAGUUGAGUGGAAGAAACAAUUGGUCGGACGAUGAAAGCCGAAAGUUACGGAAUCUGAAACUUGAAUUAAAUAACGCCAAGAGAGAGUUAAAAGAAACAAUUGCUAAGUGGCACAAAGACAACGCAACAUCUAGACGACAAGUAAGUCAACUUACGAAGAAAAAUCUGCAGCUUAAACUUGACCUGCAAUCGUCGAUAGAAGAAAAAGAGCAAGCCAAAAUCCAAAUGAAUCAAAUGAAUGAUACGCUUCUUGCAAAGGACAUUGACUUAGAAGACGCCAGGAAUCGGAUAAAGCGUCUGGAAAAACUUCUAAAAGAUUAUGAGAUGGCGGUGCGGAAAUCGGCAGAAAACAAUCCACUAGUACGAUCAAGCACAGAAUACAAUGAACGAAUUAAAGAUUGCAUCGACUCAAAAGAAGAGUUUAAACGUUGUAAUGAAUUGAUUAACGAACUUGGACCCCUUCUAGUUGAAACUAUUGACGCAAAACUAACUGAAAAAAUGGAAAAGGUUGAAGCAACACACAUCAGAGUUGAAACCAUUGACGCAAAGGUAAACCAGAUGAUGGCAAUGAUGCAAACACUGAUCACUGCAAACGAUCAUGUUCGACGUAGACACGAUUGCAUACCUUCAAUGGAAGAUACAUCAAGUGAAAUGGCGUAGAUCAAUGACUAAGUUAUAUUUGAUUGAACCUAUAACACAUCUGUAAUUUUCAAGGAACUGCUAGCUAAGACUUUUUAUGUUGUUUUAAGCAGUGACGUAAGGUUUAGGUAACGUUUUUUUUAUGACCUGCUAUAUGUCGAUGUGUUUGAAUAUUCAAACCUAUAUUUUUUGUUUGUUUUUUGGCCGGGCGACGCAGCUUAAGUUUUUUUAGUGUACAUGCUGUUCUUUGGUUGGAAUAUAUAUGUUUCGGGGUUCUUUGUAACCGUCGUUAGGUCCGUAGUUCUUUUAUUAAAGUUCAAACAUGAAAAGUUAUAUUUACAUGUGUACUGUGAUAAGUUUUAUGUACACAUUUCCAUAGAAAAUAUGUUUAAUGAUGAUCUCUUAAUAUGCAUUUAAACUAUAUGAUUUAUUAUUAACAAUGGAAUGGGGGACUUGUGUUAAUACUAGCGCAAUCAUAAAACUGUUAGACAUGUUAUUACAAAUUAUAGUUAUGAACUAUAUUUUGGGCAAAAUAUGUUCUCUGACACAGCAUUUGGUACGAGUACUAAUGGUUGUUAUAGACAUUUGUAAACGAGUGACUUUUAACAUGACAUUUUGUUAAAUAUGUUACCUUAACCUUUUGAAUUAGACUAUAUAUCAUUUUUGUAUUUAUAUGUUUGGGAAUAAACAAAAUAACACACGUA